ACCAUAAUCUUCAUUCGUGACCGAAAUUCUCAUGGACAGGAGGUGUCUGCAUAUAUCGACUAUGCACACAGACUGACAACAGAUGAUUUUGAAGUCUACUUCAGAGGGAAGAAAAGGCUUUUCCCUCGGAAGACUGAUCUGAGCUUUUACAACUGGAAUACAAAUGUCAGCACUUCAGAUUCCAGCCCAAAUUACCAAGUGAUGGCAGAAAAUGCCUGUGGACUGCUCUUCAAGAACAAAAGUAAUAGGAAAAUAAUAAAUGUGGAUCCCAAGGCCUACCCAGGAGACAACACGACACGGACACCUGUGGAAACAGAUCUCUAUCUCCAUGUUGUUAUCUAUGACCAUGUUGUCAGAAUAGGGACCUAA